UCUUAAAAGACUCGGGAGCAUCUACAAUCGUGGCGCCAUGAACCCUUUUUCACAUUGUCAUUUAUAGUUCUGGCGACUCGAGUAAUAAGGAGGCCAUGCCUGUUUUCGCCAUUGAGAGUUUUUUUUUUUGGCAAUAAGGGGCGCUGACUCUUGCCAAUAUUUGUCUUUAUUGAUUUGGCGUAUUUGCAAACACUUUUUAAACUAUCUUUCCAACAGGUUCCAGCAGAUCAUAAGGUGGCACUGAAAGUCAUUACUUACGUUGGGUGUGCUCUAUCGCUUAUCGGAGAAGCACUCACCGCUGUUGCAUAUUGCGUCCUCAUGUGAGUUACAAAUAAUAUACCGUUAUAAAAGAGCUCAGACAUUUAGAUUUGGUUUUUGUGAUAUCCGGAAUCAUCAAGGUCGAGGUAAGCGUUUUUAUCUUGGUUUCAAAUGCACCAAGUAUAACCUGGCGAAGAGUGAAACCAAGAUUGUCGCCUGCAACAUGCAAACAGUAAGCGCUUGAACAGACUAGACGUUCAACAGAAAAACAUGGGGCUAUAAGAAAUUUAUCGUCCAACGAGCGCUUUCAACAGAUUUUUCAGCACCAAAUGUUUAACCAUAGCAUAUUAAGACGUAUUUUGUUUCUAAACUAUUUGCAUUGAAUCUUAAUACUUGGUAAAUGCAAAAUUAUGACAAUAACAAAACCACAAGGGAGGGGAACGGGGAGUCAGCCGCCCUCUUCACUACCCCUCGAAGCGCAAUUAGUCUCCGGAUUAGCUUGUCAGACGUUCAUUUAUGAUUUUUAAAUUAAGAAGAAGCAGAAGCACCUUAAGAUGGGAUUUUCCCGCUUUGAAAAAAAUAACAUGUCAACGAUAUUCAAUUACUUGUUGCCUCGUUCAGGAAUUUGAAAGAAGACCAAACUCAAAUCCGCUUUAACCUUGUGGUCGCCAUAGCGAUAGCACAAAUUACGUUUCUUGCUGGAAUUGAUGCCACAGAAGUUAAGGUAAGCUAAAGACGUGAAUUAAUCUGAAAGUUGAAGAAAUAAUGAGCAUUUUUGUUGGCUUGGAUGAUAACUUGAUCUCCAAAACAUUUAAAAAGAAAAAUCACAAAUGAAAGACUUUUGGAUGUAAAAUAGUUUAGUUGUGAAUAACUUAACGGAUCAUUAGAUGGCAUUCCCAUGAGCUCGAUUUCACGGAAAUGUGCUAAAAAAAAUGUGGCUUAGUGGUCGAUUGCUCUUUAGUUCUCUUUAGUAUCUUUGGUUUGUUUGCAUUGCAUCAAGAGAGUUUUUUUGAUUAUUAUUAUUAUUUUAUUUUUUACUUUUAAUCAUUUAUUUUUUGUGGGGGAAGGUUAAUGAAAAGCGUGCCGUUAUGGACAAUAUGAUGACGGUGAAUCCCGUUUCUUUAUAGGAACUGUGUGUGUUUGUAGCAGCCAUGAUUCAUUACUUCUAUCUAGUGGGAUUUGCUUGGAUGUUAUUUGAGGGUGUUUAUCUGUAUCUGAUGGUUGUCAAAGUGUUCAAUACGGUCAUCAGAUUGCGUUUGUUCUAUGGAGUGGCAUGGGGUAAGCAUUAAAGCAAAAGCCUACUACAGAAAAUGGCCAGUUUGUAGAUCUAGUCAAGAGGUCGUGACUAGUCAGUCACUUCCGGAAUCAAAAGCAUUUCGUUAAUUGAUUCCUGGUUUAUCUUACUUUCCUUACGUACUUAGGGACAGACCAUUAGAAAAGUUAUGGGGGAGGGGGUGGGGAAUUUUCAAGCUGAAGGAAUUUUUUUUCGUUAUCAAAUUCCUUGUAUGAAUUUUUUUUAGGGUUAAUUGGUGUGCAUGAAUUUUAUUCAUUAAAUUUUCCCUCGCGCGAAUGUUUUUUUUGUACUUCGCCCGCAGUAAGUUUUCUAAUGGUCCGUCCCUUACACGAAAUUGCAAUUAAGACUUGCUAUUCAGAGGAAUUUGUACCACACCACAGUUCUCAGAAGGGUCUGUGCUACGCUGACGUAGCUGACGUAACCAAACUGAGUCUAAAUUUUCCUUUUUUUUUUUUUUCGUUUUCAAUCAAACCUUAGGCCUCUCCCUUUUUAUUGUGGUUUUAUCGAUCGUGAUUGCUUCCAUUCAAGAUGGCGGGAUAGAAAGCUAUGUUCAAGAUCAUUUGUAAGUAAACAAGCCAGAUCUUAAUACUACCGAAAGAAACGGAGCAAGAAAAACUUGGAGGUUUCAAGAAUCUGUUUAUUUUUUAUUACCAUUUUUUAUUUAUUUAUUUAUUUAUUACAAAGUUGCUUAUGAAAUUUGCCCAAACUGCCGUUUUCAGAGGAAUUAUUAUAAGUACGUUCAUGUUGCAGGCCUAAACAGCCUAAACAAUUGGUUUUCAAAGAAUUGAAAAUAAGUCUUCGUAAUUUUUCUUCAACAUUUCCAAUUUUAACCGUCAAGUUUUAGCAAGCAAUCCUUUCUUAGUAACACCUUGAUUUGGUAUAUUUUUUUUAGUUGCUGGGUUUCCUUCAAACAUAACCUUAUCUGGACGUUUGUUGCGCCUGUUCUCUUAGUUUGCACGGUAAGGGUAAGAAAGUAAAAAUUUUCCAUAACUGAAUAAGUAAGUACAAGAGAACAAGUUAAAAAGUGAUUGCUUACGGAAUAUUGAGGCUUAUCUGUAAAUGAUUAAAAAUUGAUAUAAUCAUCAAAUAUUUGCCAUGAAAAUGUAAGACAUAAAUCUGAAAUUAUUAACGAUUCAUGUAGAAAAAAAAAAACAGAAUAUUUAGCUACCUUUCAUAUCACAGGCUUGGUGGGUUACAGUAAGCCCAUAAAUGGACUGAUAGCGGCUGCCAAUGGCGCCCUUGUAUGCUGACGUCAGAGCUUACUGCUAACAUGUUAACACAUAAUGUAAAGAGGACACGUUUAUUGUCCUCUCAUCCACGGCAUUUCAUUCAUUCAUUCAUUUGCGGGUAAUAAACACAUCUAGGAUUGAGCGCUGCGGUGGAGGGGAGGCUGUGACGUCAUACAAAGUAUGAUAUGCUUCAGGUGUUUCAUACGUCCGAGCGUUGAUCGAUUAUAUAUCGAUAAUAUUUUAUGUUUUCUUUAUUUAUUUUUUUCUUGAAAAUUAUAGUCAAGAUCUGAGAGAAAGAAAGAAACAGGGUCUAAGGUUUCUACUGACCAUCAAAAGAUAUCUUAUUCUCAUGCAUUGUCUCCACGCAGAUAAACUCAGUUUUACUUGCUCGAGUGGUUCGUGAGAUCCUAAGAAUGCAAGCCGACAAAACAUCCCAUCUGCAAAGAGUUCGACAAGGAGUUAAAGCGUGCGUAGUUUUGUUUCCUCUUCUGGGACUGACCUGGGUGUUUGGUGUCAUAAGUGUCACAGAUGCUGGACUCGUAUUUCAGUACAUCUUUACUAUUUUCAACUCAUUGCAGGUAAUAGAAAAUCCAACAUAUUAACUUUUUGAGUAGUUUGAGGAAACAGCCGACAUUUCGNUCCCAUCUGCAAAGAGUUCGACAAGGAGUUAAAGCGUGCGUAGUUUUGUUUCCUCUUCUGGGACUGACCUGGGUGUUUGGUGUCAUAAGUGUCACAGAUGCUGGACUCGUAUUUCAGUACAUCUUUACUAUUUUCAACUCAUUGCAGGUAAUAGAAAAUCCAACAUAUUAACUUUUUGAGUAGUUUGAGGAAACAGCCGACAUUUCGCAGGGACACUCAUUGUUGAACGUAUUCUAGUAUUUAAACGGUAGAUAUAGGCAUAUUUUUAUCCCUUAGAAAUUUUUCAUCUGUUCAGAUUUCCUGGCUGAAAGUCCGAAAAUUAUAGGGAUUAAAACUUACCUUUUUGAAAAAGAACAAAGACUCCAGAAAAUCUUAGGUGGCCUUUUUACUGCACAAAUGCGUUAAAAAUGAGCAAUUAUACCAUGUUUUUAGAUGUUCGAAAAUCUUAGGAGAGGCAGGCAAGCAAGAAAUUUUACAAAAAAUGUUUCGAAAAUUCUAGAUGAUAAAUCUCAAAUCGUCUUUCGAACAGAUAUUUUCCGAUAAUUGACGUUGGGUGCCCUGAUUUCGCGACGCCACCACUGGUUUCCCCAAGAAAUGACGUUUGGCGAAGAACGUCUAUACUGAUAACGUGUCACAACCCAGAUCUGGGAAGCGCUUCUAAUUGCAUGAAGCAGAUUUUAACCAAUCAGAAGCACUACCCACAUCCGGUAGUGACGCGUGAUCAGUAUGGAAUUUCUCCGCUCGUUUCUCCAACGUCAUUACGCGGGGAAACCAGUGGUGGCGUCGCACAAUGUCAGCUGUUUUCGCAGGCUAACUGACAGCGAGCAAAUAUUAUUUUAUCAAAUCUUAGCUUGGUGGCAAAAAAAGCCGUUUUAAUUCACUCAUUCGUUCAUUUAUUUAUUUAUUUAUUUAUUUAUUUAUUUAUAUAUUUUGCCACACAAGUAUUCGAAGUUUACUCCAGACUUUGACAGUAGUCUCAAGGAAUGUAGCGAUCGAGAAAAUUAACAUGAUAGAACAUAGAAUAGUAGAGAUGGUGGGCGGUACCUGAUACCAUGUACUGCGAUUAACCAUUGACUAUAAAUUUUGCCUUCAUUUCUUCUUUUCUCUCACCCUUAUAAGGGAACUUAACUUUCUUGUUAUUUAUCGAUACACACAUUUUUAGGGUUUGUUCAUCUUCAUACUUCACGUUUUGAGAAACAGCGACGUACGUGCAGCAUACUCUAGAAAAAUGCAGAAGAGGAAUGCGGCAAAAAGCGUGAAAAACUCUCAAGAAAACCGCAAUACAAUCGGAUUGUGGUCAAGCAAAGUGACGAAUGAACCAAGUUGUACAAAAGAACCUAGCAGUGCCUCUCUAAGGUCUUCGGUUGGAGUAAAAAGCAAGAUUGACAAUGCCCUGCACGAGGAAAGAACCAUGACUCCCGUUGACACGUGA